AUGUCCCUCUUCAAGCUCCCCGUCGAGCUAUUCUGCCGUCGGUCUGUACUGCUGACGGCUUCACGCUGUCUAACAGGAGGUAGCAGAAACAUCACAACAAGCAGAUCAGCACCUCUGCCACGCACACCCUUGUUUGAAGCCAUCAAGUCGCAUGACCCGCAGAGUCCGGCUAUCAUACACUCCAACUCGGGUCGCAACUUCAGCUACGGAUCGUUGCUGAAAGACAUUGCUGCUGCGAAACAACGACUUGCAAACGACGCCAAUAGAGAUGCUGGUUCGUUACGAGGGGAACGUGUCGCUUUCCUCGUCGAGAACAGCUAUGACUAUGUAGUGACGCUACUCGCAAUCCUUGGUUCCAAUGCCAUUGCCGUUCCACUUUCGCCCGCCUUUCCAUCCGGAGAGCUGAGAUAUAUUCUUGAUCAAAGUGGCGCACUCAUGCUGGCUGCCUCGGAUAAGUUUGCGACCAAGGCCGAAGAUGUUUUAUCCGGCCCAUUAGCAAAGAAGCCUAUUCUGUCGCGAUGCGAGAAGAUCGUUGAAGGAAGCAAGAGUACAGAGGAAGUAGUGCUGGAGGAUCUGAAAGAUGACAGGAGUGGUAUGAUGCUCUAUACAAGUGGCACUACCAACCGCCCUAAAGGAGUCCUCCUCCCGCAGUCUACCCUCAUGGCUCAGGCACAAUCCUUAUCGCAAGCAUGGCACUAUUCACCCAACGACCACUUCCUUCACGUCCUACCUCUCCACCACAUCCACGGUACCGUCAACGCCCUCUUGACUCCGCUUCUCGCAGGCAGCACCAUCGAGUUUCUCUUUCCGUUCUCCGUCGAUUCCGUUUGGUCACGUCUCGCCGCUCCUUUCCUACAAUCGACAAAACAAUCGAGGAAGCCCAUAACCUUUUUCACCGUUGUCCCCACAAUCUACAACAGACUGCUACAGUCACACAAUUCCCUCAGUCUGGAAAUGCAGACCGCGACAAAUGAGGCAUUGCAUCCUAAGAAUAUGCGGCUAAACAUCAGUGGCUCAGCUGCCUUGCCCACACCCACAAAAGAAGCUUGGACAGAGUUGAGUAACGGCAAUGUACUGCUGGAGCGCUACGGCAUGACAGAAGUCGGUAUGGCUCUUUCCUGCGGUCUGGCGAAUGAGGACCGAGUAGAUGGGAGCGUGGGAUGGCCUCUGCCUUCGGUUGAAGCUCGUCUCGUCGACCUGGACACCAAGACAAUCAUCAAGCACGGGGAAGAGCUUGAUGUAAAUGGCAAAGAACGUAGUGGCGAGAUCCAAUUGCGCGGUCCUACAAUCUUCAAGGAGUACUGGAACAACCCGACAGCUACGGCAAAAGAGUUUACCGACGAUGGGUUCUUCAAAACGGGAGAUGUAGCCGUUCGAAGGCCGGUACCUUCUGCCGGUAAAGGGGCCUCAGGAGACUGGGCAAAGGGUCCCAUGUACUUCAUCCUCGGCCGCCUCUCUGCCGACAUAAUCAAGGUCGGUGGUGAGAAAGUGUCAGCACUGGAGGUAGAAAGGGAAAUGCUGUCCAUUCCCGCCAUCUCCGAAUGCGCAGUCGUCGGUCUGCCGUCGGAAACAUGGGGUCAAAAGGUAGCAGCGGUAGUCGUGUUGAGCGAAGAAGGCAAGACUGCUGGAAAAGAUGGGAAGCCAUUCGGACCCAUGGAUCUGCGAAGAGGCUUGAAGGAUAAGAUGGCGAAUUUCAAGAUCCCGCAAGAGUUGAAAUUGGUUGAGAGCAUUCCAAGAAACGCUAUGGGCAAGAUUAACAAGAAGCAAUUGGUUCUUCAGGUGUUUGGAGAUAACACAAAGGAGGCAAUCGGUACUCGGAUGCGUAGCUGCUAG